GAGGCAGAGCGUAGGAAAGAAGUCUGACAGAGAGAGAGAGGGGAAGAUGUUUGGGUCAAAAAUAGAAGUACGGUGAAAAAAAAAAAAACCCAAAGCAGAUCAGAGGAUAAAGAAAGGAGAGAAAGGGAAAAAUUGGGAAAAAAAGUAAAGAAAGGGAGCAAAAUUAAGGAGAAAGGUGGCGUCUUUUUGUUGUAGAAAUUUGAAAGGUUUGAUCUUUGGGUGGUGAUAGAUGAUGGAGAAGGGAGUGCAAAGAUGGGUAGUAGACAUAUCAAAAUGGGACCCAUCUACCAAUGGCUUCUCUUUUGCUCUUUCUCUUCUUCCUCAACAUCACCACUCCUCCAUACUCAGAUUUGUGAAAAAAGGUGAUAGAAAACGGGCACUAAUUAGCUGUUUGCUCCAAUAUGCUCUUGUACAUGAGGUGCUGGGAAUCCCAUAUCAAGAUAUUGUUAUAAAACGCACAUCAGAAGGCAAACCCUUUUUGGAAUGUGGUAGAGUUUGCUUCGACUUUCCCAAUUUUAAUUUCAAUGUUUCUCAUCAUGGUGACUAUGUGGCAAUAGCAUCUGAGCCUCUAUGCCUUGUGGGUUUGGACAUUGUUUGUCAUAUGAUUCCCGAGAAAGAGACUGUUCUAGAAUACGUUCAAAACUUCUCUUCAUGCUUUUCAAGUUUGGAAUGGAAUCAAAUUAUAACUGCUGGAAGUAAUGAUGAAGUCUUGUCUGAGUUUUACAGAUACUGGUGUCUGAAAGAAGCAUAUGUCAAAGCUAUAGGGAGUGGAUUAGCAUAUGGAUUGCAUAAAGUGGAGUUUCAUCACACCGGCUGGACAAACAUAUCUGUUAAAGUUGAUGGAAUUCUAAAUUCACAGUGGAGAUUUUGGCUUUCUUAUCUGGGGAAAGGACACUGGGUAUCAGUUGCAAGAGGGCACCCGAGAUCGGCCAUCGAGAGUUAUAAGAGAUCAUUAAAACAAACAAAGUUUAAUGAAGAGGAGUAUAAUGAGGGUCUUCUUCUUCCCAAUCCAAGGUUUGUCUUGAGGACUGUAGAAGAGCUGUUUUCAGUCAUACACAAGGCAAAGUGUUCUUGUUUAAGUUCUUAGAACUUGAGACUCCAACUUUUAGACCUCAACUUCGAAUCUUGUGACGUCAAGGGUCGGAUUUAUAUGAUGAAAGAGAGUUUUUUUUUUUUCUUGAGGCUGUGAGGGUUUGAACUCUGAUCACUGGACUCUAUCGACAAAUUACCCAUGUAUGAAAGAAAGAAAGAUAUAAUGAGAUAGAAACAAACUUUUUUGAGUAUAUGAAGUUGGCAUGUUGAUUAGUUGCAUGUGAGAUGGUUUGAUAUAUGCACUGCUACUUCCCUGCAGGGAACAUUAUUUGUUCCCUAGUUUUGCUGCUGAGUGCAGCAGGCUAUCAAUAGCACAUUAGAUUCUGAAAAUUAACAUGAAGAGAAUAAAAUGAAAAUUGGAUUGAUCCUUUCAAUUAUUAAUUUGCAGUUCCAUUCCAUGAUCUAAA